AUGAGGAAGCGGGUGAUAGCAGAGGAGAGGGAGAUGAGGAAGCGGUUGAUAGCAGAGGAGAGGGAGAUGAGGAAGCGGUUGAUAGCAGGGGAGAGGGAGAUGAGGAAACGGGUGAUAGCAGAGGAGGGGGAGAUGAGGAAACGGGUGAUAGCAGGGGAGAGGGAGAUGAGGAAACGGGUGAUAGCAGAGGAGAGGGAGAUGAGGAAACGGGUGAUAGCAGAGGAGAGGGAGAUGAGGAAGCGGUUGAUAGCAGAGGAGAGGGAGAUGAGGAAGCGGUUGAUAGCAGAGGAGAGGGAGAUGAGGAAGCGGUUGAUAGCAGAGGAGAGGGAGAUGAGGAAACGGUUGAUAGCAGAGGAGAGGGAGAUGAGGAAGCGGUUGAUAGCAGAGGAGAGGGAGAUGAGGAAGCGGUUGAUAGCAGAGGAGAGGGAGAUGAGGAAACGUGUGAUAGCAUAG